AUGGUACCUCCUUGUAGUAGACGGUGGAUGAGACCCAGAAACGGAUCUGUCCUUCCAGAGCAACCCUUUAAAUCAUCCCCAAAUUCUACUGUAUCUUCAAUCUACAAUGCCAGCACAAUUGAUGGGAACGAACGACUUUUGAGCGCUGCAAACUCUAUAAAUGCACCUGCUGCACCUACAUCUCUACCUCUAUCUGUACCUGUACCUGUACCUGUUCCCUCUCUGUCGGCCUUUUACUCUUCUCCUCAGUCACUUCGGCUAAACCUUCAAAAUUGCACCGAUAGCCCCAGACCACGUCGAACAAGCACGGACCUCACAGAGCCUCCUCCGGUGUUUGCGUACACGGACCAAACACAGCGAGCAAACCAGGAUGUGUGCGGCCCAGAUUUUCAUCUUACAACACUUGGCUGUGCGGUCCAAGGUACCCAAGGUAUUCAGCCCGUCAAGAUCCUAAUCGAACGACUAGAGGCCUGGCAGAUAUUUGCUCGACGACUGUAUGAUCAUUUCGAGAUGCUUUCACAGGUAGAAGUCGCGGUCGGCAAAACAUACCAAAAGAUGCACGGUCUUGCCAGCUGCACUCCUCAAGAGACUACACAGCAGGGUCCAGAAAAACUCGAAGAGAAAGAACACUUGCUUCAGGUACAUUUCUCGUUUGAAGGCGGAAUCCGGCAAGUAUGUGAUGCCUGGCAGGGCUAUCAUGACAAACGCGCAAAAGACCACCAGGCAUUUGGACUGUUUUUACAGACCCAGUGGCUGCCCUCUCUGGCAGCAAUCAAGCGUGAGAUAAAGUGGAUGAUCCGUGCGGUACGUGCAGACGACCGUCUGACAUUGUCAACCCUGGGUCGUUUGAAGGAAGAGGCCGAAAAGAGGUUGGAUCGGUUGGAUCGUCAAUUGACAUUUUUCAACCAGCAUCCAGAUCAUGGAUACAACCGUCAAGAUCCUUGGUUAAUGAAUGCAGCUGUGGUUGAACAAAUCAUCAAACUUCAUCGUCAAGAGAACAAAUUCCACGAAACCGUACUACGUCUUCAGCAAGAAACACUGAUUUCAGAAGAACAGCUGAUUGAAGAAUUCAGAAGUCUGUGCCAGCAACUCUAUGCAAUGCAAGAAAAGAGUGAGCUAGGUAUUGACCGUGGCUUUCAGAUGGUGAUGGACACAUUUGAAAAGGUCAAGAUGGAUGGUGAUUGGCAGGACUUUGCAGAGCGUGCCAAAGACAACCUAGUGUCUGAGAAUGCAGCAUUUCGGCGGCCUGAUGAGCGCUUAGAAUACCCCAACCAUACCCACCCACUUCUUGAACCGGUUUUUGCGGCCCGUAUGGAACGCAAGUCGUCUGUGCUUCACCACUGGCACGAACAUAUCUAUGUCCUGACUCCAGCUGGCUUUUUACAUGAGUACAAGAGCACAAAGACUUAUCCAGAACACCCGUCGACUUCGAUCUUUGUGCCGCACUACAAUGUGUCGACCAUAUCGACCCACCUACUACACCACAAUCUGGUGUUCCAGCUGCAGCCCCAGAGUAGCGGUGGGGCUUCGAGAAAGCUGUUUUAUCCUGCGCCUUCGUCCUUGUCUUCCGUGCCACGAGAAUGGGGGUCGGCUUCUUCGUCUUCGCCACGAUCGAUGUUGAGGCCAAGCAGUUCAAAGACAAUCACCUUCCGGGCCAAGUCGGCAAAAGACAUGCAGGCCUGGCUUGAGCAAUUGACGGCUUGCUCACAUCGUUUUAGACCUUCAGUUAGUUACACCGCGCCUCCUGAUUUAGAGCCCACUCGAUCACUGCAGCUAAUGAAUCCAAGCCCAGCGGCAAACGGUCUGACUAGUACGACAAAGAAUGGGCUGAAUAAUACGAAUGGCAAUAGCAAUAAGAAUGACAAUAGCUGUAGCAAUCUGGGAACAGUUAAAACUGAUGAAAAGCAAAUUGAUUCAAUAGUGGCGGCGACUGAUAAGAUCCAAGAGGCUUUUGCUUCUCCUGUGCUGACUGGCUUAUUAGACCCAGCUGGUCUAAUUGUGGCGGAGGUCAAAAAGACUGUAAAAGAAGAAGGACAAGAAGAACAAGGCCAAGAAAAAAAGACUGUAAAAGAAGAAGGACAAGAAGAACAAGGCCAAGAAAAAAAGUCUGUAAGAGAAGAAGGGCAAGAAGAACAAGACCAAGAAAAAAAAACUGUCGAUAGUACUACACCAGUUGAAUCUGAGGAUAAUGUAACAAUGAUGAAUGUGGUACUGUGCGGUGUGUUACCACCAGAAGACCAACACACCCACUGA